CUAACUACGGUUGCAUUGAAUUAGUUCUGCGCUCUUCAACGUGCAACGUUGCCGGUUCUUUAUUUUACAAGACUCAUAUGUAAAGUGUACAAGACUAUAUCUCCAAAGAGGCAAGAAGUUCCUUUAAUUAAAAAUUUGAUCUCAUGGCAGCCUUAUACAGAAGGCGUACCUGUAAAGAAAAUGCCUAAGCACGAGGAAGAGAAGCUGAUUUCGGAAGCGCAGCUCCCGAGGUGUCUGUUUCCCUUUGGCCUGGAGGACAGGUGGGGGCUGGGCAGGCGGCGAGAGCAGCCAGGCGCAGGCAGGCCUGCAAACCAGGCUGGCAUCCGCGCGAAGGAAGGCGGAGCUCGGGAGAGAGGCCUGUCUGACCAAGCUCAGUGCGCAGAUUAAGGCUGGUGACCAGGAAGAACAACAGCGCUGGGGACCAAGGGAAGGAACGGGCUGUGUGUGUAUACCUGGGCGCCGCCUCCCCCUUCCCGUUUGCCGCCAGCCAGAGGUCUAAACAGGCCACUGGCUGAGGCCCUCCUCAUGGUGGCGGCGGCGGCGGCGGGCUGAGACCUCCCCUCCCCUCCCCUCCCGCUGCCGUUUCUCCGCCACAGCUGCGCGUGUGGGGUGUUCCGAGAGGGGCAAGCAGGCUGGAGACUAAGCCGCUUAUACAGGGUAGGAGGCUGGCAUGAGACUCCUCCUCAGCUGGGUUCCUGCUGCCGCUGCUGACCCCAGGAGGCCGAAAGAAAGGAGCCGCUGUGACUGUCGCCUGGAGCAGCCAUUGUGUCUCUGAGAGGAAGAAGGGGACACCCCACUUCCCUUUGGGGGAGAUGGGGAAUUGCUUGAAAUCUCCCACUUCGGAUGACAUUUCCCUGCUGCACGAGUCCCAGUCGGACAGGGCCAGCUAUGGGGAUGGGACCGAACCGGAUCAGGAGCCGCCGCCGCCAUAUCAGGAACAGUUUCCGGUUCCAGUUUACCACCCAACUCCUAGCCAGACCCGCCUAGCAACACAGCUUACAGAAGAGGAACAAAUUAGGAUAGCGCAACGGAUAGGCCUUAUACAGCACCUGCCGAAAGGAGUCUAUGAUCCAGGAAGAGAUGGUUCUGAGAAGAAAAUCAGAGAAUGUGUGAUCUGUAUGAUGGACUUUGUUUACGGGGACCCUAUCAGAUUCCUGCCAUGCAUGCAUAUUUACCACCUGGACUGUAUAGAUGACUGGUUGAUGAGAUCUUUCACGUGUCCUUCCUGCAUGGAGCCCGUCGAUGCAGCAUUGUUGUCAUCUUACGAGUCUAACUGAGCCAGAGCUUCUCUUCUGAUCUGUCAAGGAAACCAUCCAAUUUAAUGGGUCUGAUCCUUUGUCAUUCUGCCCAAAGAACUAGGGAUUGGGAAACAAAAUCAUGCACACAAAAAAGAUCAUCUCUUAAUAAUGAAAAAGAAAUCCUAAAUAACUAGGUAUUGACAAGGGGAGGAGGGAGAAACACAUGUUUUAGAGAAUAUAGAAAAAAGUAGAAAGUUAUUUUUAUGUAAAGCCUCGAUCCAGUGCUUAAAAAUAGUUGCUCCUUAAGGCAGGCCUGUUAGCACACCCAUCCACAGGAAUUGUGUGAAGAGUAACCUGAAGAUGUUAAAGAUUAAAUUGUGCUUACUCAUUCCACUGGGGAGUUCUGCUCAAGCACCAUCGAAACAAAAUGGCAAAAGCACUUCCAAGAUGAGUGUGUUUGUGUGUGGUGUGAGAGAGAGAGAGAGAGAGAGAGAGAACGUGCAUGAAAGCAUUCUUACUGAAAGGAAGAUAAAGGGAGGCUGGAGAAUCUCUUCUCUUAAAGAACACAACAAUUUUCUUCAAAUUGCUUCACAAGUUCUUGAUAUUUGGGUCAAUGCUCUAUUUACAAAAAAAGAGCUAUGUUUUAUAACACUGGCACAAAAAUAGUUUUAAGCUUGUUUGCACAGUUCUUUUUUAUCCAUUGGAAAUGGAAUCCAUUUUGCCUUAGGUCUUUUUAAAUAGUGUAUUAUUAUUUUUGGGCUGGCUCUAUGCUUGAAAACGAGUUUAUUUAUAACCUGUUAUAAAAGUGCUAUAUUUUGUUUGCAGUUAGGAUUAUGCGGACUUCAAGAUUUCCUAGCUUGUAAGCAAACUUGAGAUGCACUUUCUCUUUUCUAUGUGACAAUUUAACGUGAAGGUGUUUUGUUUUGUUUUUUAAAGCAGACAACCAGUACCCCCUCCCCCCGCUUAUUACUUCCAAAUCCUAAAUAGAUUACAAAAAUUAAAUAAUGAUAUUGAUCUUACAUUUGUCAAAUUAAAAUGGAGCACAGUGCAAAUGAUAAAAAUUGCCACACAUCACAAAAUAAAAUAUUUGCUUAAAUUUCUUUCCUUCCGAAAGGGUUAUCUUGGACCAUAUAAAAAAAAGAUAUUGCAUCUCUCAUUCUUGUAGUUUUUAGAUUCAAGACCAUACUGUGUCUCAGUCUCUGUAUUAAAUGUAUCUUUUGUAUUCUGCUGGCUGGCAUAGCAGUCUAUCAAGCAGAUAUGAAAUCUAUAUUUUAUGUUUUGUACAAAAAUUGCAAAUUUCAUAUUUGGCACAGAAUUACAUAGGAGUGAUCAAGUGAGCGAUCUGCAGCUGGUAAGGACUGUUACAAGUAUUUACAUUUCUGAAGUGAAAAGGGUAUGUGCUUGGUAGAGACAGUCUUGCAAAGAUUAGUUGUACAUUUUCUUUGAUCCACUUAGCAUGUGGGUUUUUGUCCUCUUAAAUGUUCUUUAAUGUAACUUUUAUAUAUUUGACUUAAAGCCAAUACAUUGAAAAAGUCUUUUAGUCUAGCAUGAAAUGCAAUCUCCAGUUAACAACGAUGUAUCAAGGACUGUUCUUGAUUGUUUAAAUACAAUUUCCUAGAGUCAUGUGCUCAAAACAAACUUCACUGAAGGUUGUAUGCUUACAGUAUAGAACAGGACUGCACUUCAGCCCUCCUGCAGAUGUUGGAAUACAACUCCCAUCAUCCCUGAUUAUUGCCUACUAUGUCUGGGGGUGAUGGAAGUUGUAGUGGAGAACCAGGGUUGUGCAGCAACUGGUACAGAGCAAAUUAGCUGUCAAAAGUGAUUUCUACAAGAUUGGAUGACUGAAUGCAAACAUCAGAAUAAUGAAUGAUUUAUUACUCCUGCAGAAGAGGCUACUCAAAGCAUUGUUGGUUAUUUUCAUUCAAAUGCCUCAAUCCAGAGUCUCAUGUGCACACAGAAUUCCCAUGCAAGCAGGCUUCCCCCUUCAUUUUCAUGGAUGGGGCAGACUGCCAUGCUCAGAGCUGCCCCCAUAGCUCUGAGUGGAGAGGCUGGAGAGGAGCCCUAGUUGUGCCUCUGAGUCCACAAAUGUGCAAACGUUCUCUAAACUGUGGUGAGAAACUGCAAUCCACAAAGCAUAUACUCUAAAAUAAAGUCAGAUUGUUGCAGUGUAAGUGAUGUGCUGACUGCAAAAGAAAGCAGUUAAAGUCCUGUAUAGUCUUAGAUUGAUUUACAUUUCUACAACAUACUUUUUUCAGUUUUCCCUGCUCAGUUCAUCUGUUCUUAAUUACAGAAAGUAAACCUGAGGGGGGGAAAUGAAGUUGUGCAAUAUUUUCAGUAGUAAAGCAUACUACUUUUCUUAUUCCAUGUGAAGUUUUCCAUGAAAUGUUGAUGUCGAUCUUGUCAAGUAUUAUAGCCAGGAUUUUCUUCUUUUACUUUGAAUUGUAAAAUUGGCAAAUGAACAGUUUUUUAAACACC